AUGGCGUGGGAUGCGAGUUUCUCCACUUUGGAUGCUGGAGGCUGGAUGGACUCCGGCUAUGGAAACGACCAAGGAGUUUCUAAGGUUUUACAGAGAUCAUCAAGGGAAAAAAAACUAUUUUCUGAAUUUUUAGGACUCUGAACUGUCGAAAAUUGGCGAGCGGCUUCCAGUUCCCGUCACUAUUGCUAAUUUGGCGGAUAGUGUUCACUCAGCCGCGGAUAAAUACGUUUUGGGCACUUAUCACUUCGCCACGGUCAGUUUUUGAGCUAUAAUUAUAAACAAUGAAGUUUAUUUUGAGGUCACAACGAUUGGAAUCGUGAAAUCGAUCCAAGCGGACAGUGCCACACACAUUUAUGUGCUUCAAGAUCCAGAUGAUUACGAUAAGGAGUAUAUCGUCAACAAAUAUACCACCGAUGUUUGUUUUUUCAAUGUUUUCAUCUCUAAGAAGUAUCAAAAAUAUUCUACCUGAAAAUCUUGAUUCAUAGUCUUUUUUAUUGAAUUUUUUUUCAUCAUUAAACGGCCGCAUUUUCCAGGAAUCCGGAGCCGAUGUGUUGGAAGACCCCGUGGCGGAAGGCGCUCGCGUCAUUGCCAUUGGAAAACUUCGUUCUUUCGAUGGGACGAAUUGUAAAAAUCUACAGUUCAUCUGAUUUUUAACAUUUUAAUUUUCAGCAAUCAUGGCGUUCGGCUUGCACGAGGUCUCCGAUGAGAAGGAAUAUCAGGCCUUCGUUUUAGAGGCUCAAAUUGCCGCCAUGUACUUUUCCAAAGUGAAGAUUUUUUUUUUCUCUUGGGUUUUUGAUAAGCUUUUUGCAUUAAAAAAUGAUUUUUUGCUGGUUUUGAUUUUCCUGAAACCGUACGAGAUGAAGAUUCUGAAAGUCCCAACUUCCUAGUAUUUAGCAAAAAAAGAAUUUUCAGCUUUUUUGGAAGAAAAAAGCAUCAGAAAAGUUUUCAGGGCUUUCCAUGACCUUUUUCUAAUCCGAACCGAUUCCAGAACAUUCCCCAGCUUCUCAAGACGCAGAACGUCAAGCAAUUGAUCGGAACUCCCGCCGGAGCGCCUGCUGAUCAUCAGCAACCUGGACAUGUAUUUUAAUGCCGAAUAUAUUUGUUUAUUAAAAUGUCUUGCAGUCGAUGGGAGGCUCUCAAGCUCCCGAAAGGAUUUAUCCACAAAGCGGUCAGCCCUAUGGAGCCGGAAUGAAUGGCGGAGAUUCUUCAGCCGGCGUCAGCAAGCAUAAAUUCCCCGGUCAGAGGGGCAAGGUUUGUGAAAAUUGUCUUUUUGGUUUGACAUAUUCAUAAAUGAAAGCUUCAGAAUGUUUUUUUUUCCAUCAAGAUUUCAGAAAUUUUUGAGUUUUUCAGUGGAAACGUAUUGAGUCAGAAUAUUUUGACGAAAUUUUGAGGUUUUUCUGAAUCUUUUAGCGAGCCCUUAAGUAGUUUCAUAGCCUUUUUAUUGUUCACUUGAAGGGAGCUGAAAUUCCAGACUUUUAUCAAUAUUUUAGUGACCACCGAAGUAGGUUCAAGUCACUUUAAUGAUCACUUGAAAGGACAGACGAGUUUACCCAAAAUUUCAGAUUUUUAUGAGGGAGUUAGUGACCACUGAAGUAGUUUUAGGUCACUAUAGUGUUCACUUAAAAGAACAGAGGAGUUUCGAUAGAAUUUACAUUUUUAUCAGUUAUGUAGUGACUAGAGUUCUCAAAAGUAAAUGUUUGAACGAACGUUCAACCAAACAUUUCCUGAACGUUUAAUGAAUUCGACCAAUUAGUUAAAUUUCACAUGAACCGUUUGUUAAAAAAACUUCAUUUUUGGUUAAAUUUCAUAACUGAGCAUUUAAAAAUGAACAAUUACUUAUUUUUUUCGAAAAAAAUUCUUGGUUAAAAAAAUGAACAUUUAAAUUUCACUUUGAAAUUUUCGGUCGAAAAAAAGUAAACAUUUAAAGUUCACUUUGAAAAAUUUUGGUCAGAAAAAAAGUGACCAUUCAAAUUUCACUUUGAACAUUUUUUUCGAAAAAGGUAUGCAUUUAUUCAUUACUUUAUUCAUUACUAUUACGGCUCUUGGCAGUAUCUGUGUCGGAGUCAAUUCUAUCUCAGUCUUCUCCAAAUGAAAUCUUGAAUCGAUUACUUCGAAAUUCAAACUAAUUUCUGGUUAAAAUUAAAAAAAUCUGUUGGAAAAACAGUGAUCUGGAUGGUGAAGGGCAAAGCUAAAGAUCUAAUUGAAUGAGGAAAAAAAGAAAAGUAAUGAUUUGGAUUUUGGUUCGGAAAAAUCCAGGUUCGGAAAAAAUUAUCGGCCAAAAAAAUGAACAUUUAAUUUUCAAAGUUGAAAAAAAUUUUUUUGUACAAAAAAAGUAAACAAUUAAAAAUUCGUUCUGAAAAAUUUUGGUCAAAAAAAGAACAUUUAAAUUUUACUUUUUGAAAAAUUUUGGUCAAAAAAAGUAAACAUUUAAAAAUUCAUUUUGAAAAAUUUUGUUCAAAAAAAUGAACAUUUAAAGUUCAUUUCGGAAAUUUUGGUUAAAAAAAUGAACAUUUAUUUUUUUUCAGCCAUUAUUUGAAAAAGUCACAAAAUGAAAAAGAAUGAAAGUGAUCAAUUUUGGUAGAUGUUUCAAAAACGACAUUCGUUUGAAAUGUCAAAAAGAAAAUUUUUCGUUUUUGAAAAAUGUCAUUCUUUUCAAUUGGUCAUUUUGAGAACUCUAGUAGUGACCACUAAAGUAGUCUCCAGUCGCUUUAGGGAACACUUGAAAGGGCAAAGUUUUUAUUUGAUAAUAAAAGUGAGAAAUGGUAUUAGUUGACAUAAGAUAAGAUCUGCAGCCUUUUUUCGGGUAUAUGUCAAAUGAGCUGCGAAAAUCGAGCCUCCUCACUGUUUGAGAUAAAACUGCCAGCGAAAAAUGGGCUGCCGAAAAAAUUGCCGGGGAAAAAACAGCUGAGAGAAACGAGCUGCGAAAAUUUUGCCCCCCGUUGGCAGGUUAAUCGCGCGACUGUGCGCUCCACCGACAGCAGCAACAAAAUUUUUUUGAAAAGUCGUUCAUUUCGACGCUUCAUUAUCUUGAAAUCAAGUUUUUUUUCUUUUUUUUUCUAUAUUUAAUGGUUUCAAAUUACAUUGUUGAAUCAUUGAGAGUAAGUUUUGAAACGUCAGAAAAAAGGACAAGACAAAAAUUCAGAAGUGAGAAAAAUGAUAGCUAAGAUACAUAAUUUUUUCCAGAUUUUGCGUUUAAUGAUCAAUUAAAAAAAUUUUAAUUGCGCGUUGCAUAUUGAAAAUGAUGAACAUAACAAAAUAUCAGUUUAUGAAAAAACCUAAAAAAAGAACAAAAAGUGAGCAUGACAGGGUUUCCCGAUGAAAAUUGUCUUCAUCUCUCGUGAAGUUGCGUAACCAAUACUCGAACUUAUCCUCAUCGCAAGAAUUCAAUCAAUCAAUCCACCCUGAUUUCUUUUUAAGCGUCCUGAAACAUUUUUUUCAUUAUUAAAAAUGUUUUUUUCAACUCUUAUAGACUGACUUCGCCCGAUUUCAUUCAAAGCGGAAAAUAAAUAGAACUUUUCUGCACGAGAUCACAAUAAAAUGAAAAAGAAAAUGAAUGAAAACAAAUAAGAAAUAACAAAAAUAAUGAAAAAAAUUUUCCGAAAAUUCAAAAUCUGUCAUCAGCGCGUUAUCGGUGGAGCGCAAUAUGUAGUCAACUAUUUUGCCAACGGUGGGCAAAAUUUUCGCAGAUCGUUUUUCGCUGGCAAUUUUAUCGCUGGCAAUUUUUUCAUCAGCUCACUUUUCUUAGCUCGAUUCUCACAGCUCUUUUGACAUAUACCCCUUUUUUCCUAUUCCAAACAAAGUUGAUCAUUAUUGUCUGUGGAAUCUGUAAUUUUUAAGAUUAUGGACCUUUUGACCCGAGACAAGGCGAAUUUCGGCGAGGAAGGCGUUUCGUUUGAUUAUAUCAAGGAGGUUGGUUUUUGAAAAAAAAAAAAGCGAAAAAUUUUUUUUUCCGAAAAAUAUUGUGAAAACCGCGACGCAACCGCUCCGCUUGAUCAUAUCGGAAUUGUUUUUUUGGUUUUACAGUCCAGUUUUCAGAAAAUCGGCUCAACCAGCACAAAAAGCCUUCAGUCCGACUUGGAGUUCCUCGUCAACGAAGGCCACAUUUACAACACGACCGGCGAUGAUAACUAUGCAGUAAUCGACUAA